AUGGAUGAUUUUACUAUAGUGAAAUGGGACCCAGCACGAGUUGCUGAAGAUAUGGAAAUGUUGACAAGUAAUGGCAGUUCCGUAUUCAACAAUGAUGAAUGUUUAACACAAGCACAAAUAAAAAGUUAUUUUUCCCGUUUGGCUGUAAAACAACGAACAAUGCAGCAAGUACUUGAUCAACAAACAACAUCAAACUCAAUAUAA